GGGGCGGGAGGAAGGGGAGCUCCGUGACUGCGGCCGGGGCUGGUUGGGAGCGGAGCGGCCGGGGCUGCCCCCGGGGCUCGCGGGGGCCAACGGGGAACGGACAAACAGACCAACGGACCAACGGCCCCAGCGCUUCGGCGGCAGCAGCGGCGGCAGCAGCGACUCUAGCGACGCGCUCUCGCUCUGACUCUUGCUCGUGCUCUUCCUCCUCCUCUCCCUGUGCCGGUGUCCCUGUGCCGGUGUCCCUGUGCCGGUGUCCCUGUCCCCGUGUCCCUGUGCCGGUGUCCCUGUCCCCUUCCCGGUCUCCCCAUCCCCUUGCCGGCCCGGGCCAUGGCCCCGGCCGUUCCCCUCUGCCGGGCGGGGCCGCCCCGUCCCCGUUCCUGGGUGGCCCGGCGCGGUGCCGGCCUCGCCCGGCUCCCGGCGCGCCGGCUGUGGCGCUGCUGGGCGCUGCUGUGGGGCUGCCUGUGGGACGGGCUCGGCCUCGCCGCCCCUUGGCUCCGCCUGGCUCGAGCCCGGCGCCUGCCGGGGCCGGCGGGGGACGCGGCCGCCGCGGCCGCUGCCGCCUCGUCGGCGGCUUCCCCGGCCGGAGCUCCGCCGCUCGCCAGCUCGGCCGCCGGCAGCGAGCCGCCGCUGGCCGCUGCGGCUGGGAAAGCCCGGCCCGAGCCGCUCGAGGGGCGCUCGGGGGCCGUGCCGGGCCCCGGCCCGAACGCUGACGGCCACGUCUCGCCCGCCCCGAAGGCCAAGGAGCCGCUGCACGAGCGCUACCGGCUGCGUUCGCUGCUGGGCAGCGGCGGCUUCGGGCGCGUCUACGCGGGGACCCGCCUGGCGGACGGAGCCCCGGUGGCCAUCAAAGCCGUGUCCCGGGAUGGCAUCCGGCGGUUGGGCGAGCUGCCUGACGGCACCCGGGCCCCCCUGGAGAUCGUGCUGCUGGACAAGGUGUCCAAUGGCUUUGCUGGUGUCAUCCGGCUGCUGGAGUGGUUCGAGCUCCCCAACGGUUUCUUGUUGGUGAUGGAGCAUCCGAAGCCGUCUCAGGACCUCUCUGGCUUAAUCAGGGCGUGGGGGUUCCUGCCGGAGGAGAUGACGUGGGGGCUGUUCCGCCAGGUGCUGCAGGCCGUGCGGCACUGCACCAACUGCGGCGUCCUGCACUGGGACAUCAAGCCCCAGAACAUCCUCCUCCACCUGGCCACCGGCGAGACCAAGCUCCUGGACUUUGGAUGCGGCACCUUCCUUCGGGACACGGUCUACACCCGGUUUGCAGGAACACUGUCAUACAGCCCGCCAGAGUGGAUCUACCUGAAACGCUACCACGGCGAGGAGGCGACCAUCUGGUCCCUGGGCAUCCUGCUCUACCAGAUGGUCUGCGGGAAGCACCCUUUCCGCAAAGGCCCCAAGACCAUCUGGGACCAGCUCCCGUUCCCACCACGGGUCUCUCCAGGCUGCCAGGACCUUAUCAGGUGGUGUUUGUCCAUCCGCCCCUCGGACAGGCCAGCAUUGGAAGACCUUUUGUGCCAUCCUUGGGUGCAGAGCAUUCCCCUGCCCUAGAAGACGGGAGAGAUCCACGUGCUCACUUUGAUCCAGGGGCCUGGCAAACAGCUGGGCCCUCGGCAGAACGCUGACAGCCUGGUCUGGCCCCCAGGGAAGGAGAAGGGGCCUCUGGAGAAGCUGUGCCGGGUGGGCCUGCUGCUGGAGACAUGGAGGACGACGUCAAGGAUGACAAGCUCUUAGCUGACCCGGACGCCGGCGAGCUGAGGAUGAUGGACUUUGAUUCUGGCCCCUUCCUCCAAGCCGUGCUCCACACGCCGUUUGCAGAUGAGUCCACACCCAGGGGGUGCUCCCGGACGCGGGCAUUGCUCAGCCUGACUGGGCACCCAAGGUUCCCCCUUUGCUGGCGGGGAACCUGAGGAAUUCUUCAGCCGGCUGCCAAGCUGCUUCUUGGCAGGAGGGUGGGCGGGUGCUCUGGGCUGGCUGUGAAAUGGGAGCCCGGCUCUGCCACCAGCCUCUGCCACUGCCCCUUUGCUGGGCAGGGCUGGGGCAGGGGCAGCCAGCCUGCCAAAAACAAACCCCCGUGGGGGGAGCGAAGGCGGGGCUGCAGAACACCAGCUGCUUUGGGCUGCAGGCCAGGGAAGGCUUGGGCUGCCUUGGCUUAGGAGCCUUUCUUUGGGCCAACGCAGCAGGGCAGGGAGAAGGCCUGGGUUUUCCUGAGCUGGGGGAGGUGGGGUUUUUCUUUGGCCUGGACGGGUUGGGCCUUCCUCAGAACCAUGACAGAAUGUUAACAGUUUACCUUUUUUUCUUGUUUCCACUUUUGGUUUGUAAUCUCUGUUCAUGAAUUUCUUGUUUGUUUUCGAGGGAAGAGUUGGAGCUGGUGCCCAGUCCAGAUUGGGAAGGGCUGGGACCAUCCCUGGAGUGGAUCCGACGUCCCCUCUGAGAAGGCUGAGGACAUCCUUUGGGACACGCUCUUCUUCCGGCAGCAGAUCUUGUGAGAUGGGACCCUCUGCCUGAUCUCCCGUGGAUCCGAGGGAUCUCUGGAUCUUCACGCCGGCCCCAGGACUUUCCUGGAGAAGAGCACAGAUCUCCAGACUGGUCUGGGAUGGGGGAAGAUCCCACUGGAUAAUAAGGCAUUCUUUUGGGGAAUCCUGUCCCUCUAAGACGUGUGGAUCUUCCAGCUCUUUGGGUGGGUUAUUUGGUGUUCCCCAAUUUGGUCUCUGGCUUUGUUUUAUCCACUGAUCAUUGUUUUGUGUUUGUAUUUGUUUCUGCACUGUAACGUUUGCACAAGUGGGUUCUAGGUCCAAAGCUGACCCCAGUUGUACAAGCAGUGAGUCAGCAGUGGGGUGUGUGGAAGAGAAAUAAUCCAAGCCCUGCCAGUGGAGUGGGAAUAGGUGAUGGGAAAUGUAGAAAUGUUGCAGGUGAAUAUUGGCAGAUGGAUGUGACUGAAUUGCCCAGAAAAGGGGGGUGUAAAGAUCUCCUAGUCUUGGGGGAUACCUUCUCUGGGUGGCCAGAGGCUUUUCCUUGUCACACCAGCCGGGCUGGGGAAGUGAGUGGAAUACUGUUGAAUCCAAGAAUCCCUGGAUUUGAGGUACAUUUGGGAAUGUCACCAGACAGAGGUGCCCACUUGACUGUAGAAGGGGUACAACAAGUCAAAUCAGGGAUGCAUUAUUGCAGAAUUCCAAAGGCCAGAGCCCCUUGGGUAAUUGAGAGGUUGUCUGAGAAGAAACCAAAUGCUUCAGUCUGCUUUGGCUCUCCUGCCAAUAGUGAAUUGGGUCUUGACUUGGGAGCAAAAUUUACAUCUCCUUUUAGUCUCAAAUGUGACCCAAGUGUUGCCUCCAAGGGAUUGUUGGGUGUGCCCUCCUUUACCUGGAAAGACAAGGAAGCCAUUCCCCAUUUCUGCCUCCCCUAUUCUGGCAAGAAAUGAUUCCUGGUCCCUGGGUGAGCACUUGUGUUCCCCAAACAGGAGACCCAGCAGUGAGUGUGCAAGUACCCCCCACCAUCUCUGACAAUCCUGCCUGUGUCCAAAGCUGUGACCCCCACUAAAGGGACAGGAGAACUGGAUUGUGUUAAUGAGAGUGGCCCGUUUGUGGGAAAUCACCCCCAAUGUCCUCAAACCCUUCCUGCUGGGGAAAUGACUGAUCCUUGGCCGGUCCCCAAUGGAACGGGGUGGUGUUGGCCGUGUGGAAAUAACACCUGUGAAGGGUUGCCCCAAAGCUGGAAGGGCAUUUAUAUUUCAGCUUGCAUCAGGAUUCAGUGCUGUAGUUGUUCUAAUGCCUUGAGCUGUAAAAUGAAAUAAAGCUCCUAAGACACUCUAUCCCUUCAGGAGCUUAGUCUGGAAAAAGGGGGGAUUUGAUGUGGGAUCUAGAAGACUGCUCCCAACAUUUCUCUAUGGCCAAGGAAGGAAAACUAGAAUCUUGGAGAGGUCCUGGAGAAUUGGAUCAGGGAUGUAACUAAGCAAACAGGAUGGAAGCUGAGCUCUGUGGACCCAGAGAAGAUCAAACCCAAACGUUCCAGUCUUUGUGGUGAAAGGUAAUGACACUGUGUCUGCUCAGAACCAAGGUCAAGAAGUGGACACCUCAACUUUGGGGGGCACCAGAUGCCAAAAAACCCACCAGAGAGCCCUGAAGGAGACCCCAAAGGACCAACUAAGGACUUGCAAUAGGGGGUGUGACUGUGUAAAGCAAAGUGAUGUCUGUGUCUUAAGUAAGGGAGAAUAUGUAAUGAACAUGGAAACUGUGUGUGUAAUAUAAAGCCCUGUCUGUCUGUCACUGAAGUGCUGAGGCUGAACAACAGGCCCUGAGCCAAGCUGAGCUCUAGAUGAACCUUCCAACCUAACAGUGUAUUUAUCCCUGUAUUUGCUCCUUAGCUCAAACUGUGUAUGUUUGUUGGUCAAAGAUGUAGUGUGGAUAGACUACCCGUGUAUCUGCCCAUGAACCAAAUAAAUGUGCUUAUCAGUGAGA